UUUUUCAUAGCUUUUGUUACAUUACAAUGAUCUUUGGCCAUAUGUUUGGGUGUGCAUGCAAAUGGAAAUAUGAUCCUUGCACAGGAAGAAGAAAUGGGCUCUGUUAAUGGUAUAAACACCAAGCUGAUUAACAGUGUCAGUUUUUUGCUACUCUCUGACUAGGGGAUAGAAAUAGACACUGGACAAUCAUGGAACAUACCCAGCCAAAAAUAUGAAAAAUGAUGUUAUCAAACCCUUGCACUCUAACUUAUUUCAUUGUACCAGAACAGUGUCAGCAAUUAAAUAAUUAAUUUUGCUGACAUCCAAGGAAGUGUUGACACAAUUGAUGAUAGAAAACAAAUAAAAAUUCUCCCAUGUUUUCAUUUGACAAGAAAUGGAAGGCAUAGAAUGAUUGAAGACUUUUAUGAGUUAUGAACUGGACUCACAGUGUGAAUAUGGGUGUCACACCCAAAGGUCUGAGCUGUGCCAUGCAGAUGUGCUGGAUGUGUGGGAAACAUCCUAGCCAGUUUGUCUUGGUGGAUUGCCUGAUGAGCAAUUGCUGUUUCCCAAAAAAGAACUCUGGAACUUCUACAGCUGAGCCCUUUGAAUUCAUCAGGUGCUGGCAACUCAAUAAUAUUGAAAAGAAAGUAAUGUAGGAAUCAUGGAGAUAUUACUAUAUAGGGUAGGCUAAAUUUGCAUUUGUAUGGAAGGGGAUAGCGUCUCAUUUUAUAAAAAAUUUGAAAGCACCAGUGAGUGGAAAAGAUGGCACACCACACAAAAUCUGAACAGAAGACUAUGAAAAAUGAAUAAGAGUAAGGAAUUUGCAGUUUUUAUCUAGUUCAGCUUAUGUCUGUUGUUAUAGGAAAACAACUUUGGCAGUGCUGGACCAAUGUUUAUGCAGAGGAUAAAUCUCCCUGAAUAUCUAGUACUUGUAAGCCUGCUAAUUCAGACUAAUUAUGUUGGUAGAACAAAAAUUCGGGCAGAAAUGUCGGAGCUGUUUCCCACAAGUUUCUCAUCUUAGUGCUGAAUAUGAAUGCUAAGUGACAUAAUGCAGCUCUUUCAAGUUAACACUCAGUUUUUAACAACUUGAGGACAUUCUGCCUUGUAUAUAUCUUUCAAACCUGAUCUUUAUUUAACUCAACAUUUCUUAUCUACUGCACUGCAGUGCUUAUGCAAUUCAUGUUUCCACACAGGCUGCAAGGCCCGUUGGUGUUAACAAAACACUUGGGAGUUCAGCAGGUUUACCACUUAAGCUUAGGCUGACCAGAAAGGUCCAAAUUGACUUUAUUCCUUCAGGGUCACCAAGAUGGGCCACGGGCAGGCACAUCCAUUUACCUAGGCCAUCACAUCAUCCCUAACCCAUCCCAAAAGCCAUGGAGCACAGUUCACCCUCAGUCGCACAGAGGUCCCACACGUUUUAGUGCUGCCGCACUGGGAGCAGUAUCUGGGGACAAAUAAAUGUUUGGGCUCUCGGUCACGAGGCACACCGUGGGCUGACGAGUCGUCAUUUCAACUCACAAAGAGGAAAAGGGAAGCCCAAGCGGCCCAAAGCCGCGCACACACCCCGCACGGUAACGCCCGGCCCCUACCACCACCCCACCCACGUCCAACCCACACCGGCCCCGCCCCCUGCGCACGCGCGCAGCCUUCACAGCCGGCUACGCGGCGGCAGAACGCGCGAAAAUUCCAAACCGGCGGUGUGAGCGGGGCCGCGGGCAUUGUGGAAUGGCCCAGGAUAAUACAGUGCCUAAAUUGAACUUCAAAUAUUGGUUGGAUAAAGCUAUUGAGUGGGGUCAAGCCACCACUUUGGAAUGCCAGAAAGAUGUCUGUCUUCACUUGCCCCAAUUGCAGGAGUUUCUACAUCAGACUUACGAAGCUCUGAAACGUAUGAGUUCAAUUGUAGCAAUUCAGCAGUUCCCUUUAAUUGGCCAGUUGCUGGGAAGGCUUUGUUGGAAUCCUUUUGUUAUAGGAUAUGAUGAAAGCCAGAAGACUCUGAUGUGGUGCUUGUGUUGUCUGUACAGCAGUGAACCACAGAACCCUGUGGAAUUGAAGGCCAACAGCUGGAUACGGAGCUUACUGUGCCAUCUCCUUUCUUCUUCUAAAUGGGAAAGAAAUGGGGCUGAAACCAGUACAUUCAUAUCAGCUCUUGGCUACACAUCAGCAGAUUAUUAUUGUCACUUGGUUGAAAAUAUAAUCUCCUCAUUAGUAACUGAACUCGGAGGAAAUCAAUUUAAUGAACUUAACAUUCAGGGGAGAAUUUCAGUCAGUCGUGUGAAUGCUGUGUCCCUUUUCUGUCUCCCACUUAUUACUUUGCCUGAUCUAACUCCAUUACUGGAAACUCUUCUUGUUUACCAUGGGGGAGCAUCAAAAGAAAUUCUCAGCUCAGAGUUCUUGGAGGCUGUGAAUGAUGCCUUUUUAAAGAAGAAGAUCUCCCUUUCUGAAUCCGCUAUCUUCAGCCUCUGGUGUCGUCACUUACCAAGCCUUGAAAGUGCUACAUUAAGUCUUUUAGACCAGCUGGCUUCCCUUCAGAUAAAUUCUUUGGAAAAAGUGGCUUGUGUCGUAAAAGAUUCACUUCUGCCAAAAGCUGCAAGCCAUCCUGCCAUUUUCAGAAUUGUUAACGAAAUCUUCAAGAAAGCACUGUUGGAAACUGAUGGAACUCCUGAAGUUAUGACCAUAAUACAAGUGUUUAUACAGCUCUUCAUUCAGGUUCAGCAGAAUGAAAACAAGCAGCAUAAAUUUCCUCUGAAGGCCUACUUCCCUCACCACCACCAGCCUCUUGUAAUAGCCUUACUAAGACGCCCUUCUGAAUUGCCAUCUUCACACUGGCUGCAACAUUUGAAACACAUUUCGGAUAUACUCAAAUCUAUAGUGGAAGAUACAAGCAUUAGCUCUUUUGCUGAGCUUUAUGAAAUCUGGUUUUUGGUUGCUUGUUUUGGAGAAUGGCUGGAUAUUGCAGCAGAGCAACUACUGAAAGCAGCUGUAGCCCCAGAUGCUUUGCUGUGGCUGUUGGCAUUUUACUACUGUCCUCAGAAUGAAAACCAACAAAGGACUCAAACAAUGGUAGAAUCUCAAGCUGUCUACAGUCAUCUGAUGAUGCUCUACAACUGUACUGUCCUUUCAUUUGGAGAUCUGCUGCCUUCUGUAAACAAUAUAGCAGAUACAGAACAAUGUCAUACCCGGUGUCUUAUAACACAUCUUCUUACCAGCUUUUUACUCUUUUCUUCUGGAGGACAUAUGAUUGCCCAGGAAUUUAUUUCCCAUAUUACUGAGACAACUGACAUGAGCAAGGAAGUUUGUAGCCUGCUUAUCCGUACUGUAUACAGAAUUAAACAUAAUGGAGGAGAAAACCAAAGGACUGUGAAGCUGUUGAAUGAACUUCUUCAAAAACUAGCAUUGAAAGUUUAGCGUUGUCUCUGUCCAGACAGUGAGUUAGAUUUUUAUUCAUGUGUCAGCCUUUCAUGAAUGUCUUGCACUGCUGGGUUAGCAAGGGUAGAAGAAAUGUCUCUUUCUUGAGGAUAUCCCAUAACUUUGUCUUCCCCCACACCGUUUAGAAAUGUAAACUGUGAGGACACAACAGUAUUAAAGAUGAUCGAAGACUUUGUUCUGAGCUCCUUCUUUUACAAGAGACCUGUGUCAUUUAAAGCAGUUUACUCAUCUCCUUGUUUAUCUGUCUGUGGAUCAGUUUUUCUCCCGAAUUACUCAUGGCUUUAUGAGCAAUUUUAUCCAAUUGUUUGGUUGGUAAGUUGUUUUAGAAUGUUUUGUUCUAUAAUUCUGUUUUUAUGUGACUAAUGAUGAUCUCAAGUGAGAGUUAAUGAUUCAUGGUGAAUGCACUCCAUGUUCUCAGGAAAUCAGCAGUGUUUCCUGAACUUCUUAAUUCUUUUUGAAAACAUUUCCAAAAUAGAGCUCCUUUCACACUUGUUAAAUGAUUAUUUAACAGUGCUGCAGCUUUCACAGGACAAUGUUCUCUGCAAUGUAUGAUGCCAAUAGCUGGUCUCAAUCAGCAGAUGUGGCACAGAAUUUUCUGUCAGCCUAUUUUCCGUGUGUGCACACUGAGGUUAUUGCUCAGGAAAUCUUUUUUUUUUUUUUUUCAUGCAGACAAAGUAGGGCAAAUAAAAUAUAGGUAUAAGGAAACUCCAAUUUGAGGCCCAAAUUUCCUAAAAAGAGAGGAUUGUGGUUGCAGUCUCCUUCUUUUCUGUUGCCAGAGAUAUGGUUUGUUUGCUUACUUCUUUCUUUAUUUGUCUGAUGAGAAGAGCAUGAACAAGGAGCAAUGCCUUCUUGUUUUAUCCAAGAACUUUUGUGAACUUGUUUCUAGCUUAACUAAAUAAAACAAGCACUAAGAACAAUAACAGUAGAGCAUCUUAACUGAUUUCACAGAAUCACACAAUUGCAGAAGUUGGAAGGGUCAUGUAUUACCUACCUAGCUUUUAUAUCAACACUUACUCUAUAUUAAAAGAUACCACUUGAAAUUCUUAUGGAUCCCUUCCAAUGGAAAAUAUUCUGUGAUACUGUGAAAUAGUAUUCUUGCAUAUGACAUCAAAAAUUUGUAUCUUAAAUUAGUACAGUUUUAUGGGUGUAGCAUUUGUUUUUGAGCAAGAGAGAAAAAAAGCAAUGUUCUUAGUUUUGCUUGGCUACAAGAAGUGGAAGGAUAUUUCUGUUAAUUGUUGACUGAUUGCUUACAAUUUUGUUCCUAGUGAGUCACAUCAGGCUGAAUUACAGAAGUUAUAUGCACUCUUGGCAAAUUUGUUAAUGUAUUUGUGACGUUUGAUUUCAGCAUAUGAAGAAGUAGUAAAAACUGAAUACAUCUGUCAAGAACACUGCUUUUUGUCUUUUUGGAUUAAAAAUAGUUCUGAAUGAAAAAAUCAAAGAGAGUUAUGUUGCAUAUUUUUGGUUGUUGGUACAUGUAUCCACAAAAUCUAAAUCAAGCAACCUGAUUUUCUAUUCUGUGCUUAUUAUAACUGAAGGGCAAGUAGAGUCUGGUGGAUGAAUGUCUUCCCCUUGGCUGAGGAGGAGCUGAUGAAAGAUUGCUUAGGCAAAAUCCAUGCCCACAAAUGGGUCCCAGUGGGUUUCACCCACAAGCACUGAUAGAGUUGGCAGAAGUGAUUGCUAAACUGCUGUCUGUCAUCUUUGCAAUUACAGGCCAGUCAGCCUCACCUCUAACCUGGAAAGGUCAUGGAACAACUUGUUUUGGAUGUCAUCCCUAAGCAAUUGGAAGAGAAGAAUGUUAUCAGAAGUAGUCAACACAUAACCACCAAGGGGAAAUUAUGCUCAGCCACUCUGGUAGCCUCCUGUGAUGUCAUUGCAGUUUGGGGAGAUGAGGAGAGAGCAGUGGAUGUUUACCUGUUAUGGUUUUAUGACUGUUGGUUAUUGGUAUUCCACAUCAUAACAUCAUGUAGUGCACUGGGAGUUAAAGAGUUAAUGCUCCAGUUCCGUGGAUCGCUGAUAGAAGAGAAAAAGAACUACAUCCUCGGAGGACUUUCCGUUGUUCUGUUUCUGUUUUCCGUUCAGGGGGAAAGAUAAAACUGUCUGCAGGUCACAAGAUGCCCUCUUUUCCUUUUCUACUCAUCCCAGGUAGUCAUCUCCGCUUCAGCAUUAGAGUAAGGCCUUUGGAUUUUUUGGGCACUCUCUCUCUCUCAUUUU